UGCCCCAGACGAUGGAAGACGCUCCGGACCUGUCCUACAUCCACUUCUGCUCCUCCGGCACAGACCACAUCGUCCAGCACCCCGUGUAUACGCAGUCUUCGGUUCUGAUGACCACGUCCCGCGGAAUCGCGGGGCCUCCCAUCGCCGAAUGGGUGGUCAUGACCGCCCUCGUGCACUGCCACAAGUACAAUUACAGCCGCGAACUGCACCUGAAGCGGCAGUGGAGCUCGGGCGCCGACUUUAUGAGCUGUCGCGACGUCGUCGGCCAACGGAUCGGCAUUGUGGGAUACGGCGGGAUUGGCCGUCACGUGGCACGUAUCGCCAAGGCGAUGGCUAUGGACGUGUACGCCUUCACGGCCACGCCCAGGGAGACGCCGGAGCAGAGACGGGAUACGGGCUAUACCGUUCCCAACACGGGGGACCCGGAUGGUUCCAUCCCGACGAGAUGGUUCAGUGGGCUCGAUAAGCCCUCUUUCCACGAGUUCCUCCGACAAGAUUUGGACAUUGUCGUCUUGUGCCUACCGCUGACGCCGCAAACUCGCCAUAUCCUCUCCACGGCCGAAUUUGAGAUUCUCAGCCGCCGCCAGUCGUUCGUGAGCAACAUCUCACGCGGCGAGACUAUUGAUCAGACGGCCCUCAUUGCCGCCCUGGAAACCGGUCAGCUGCGCGGGGCCGCGUUGGACGUGACGGACCCGGAACCCCUGCCUGCAGACAGCCCGCUCUGGACGGCGCCCAACAUCAUCAUCUCGCCUCAUAUGAGCGGGUUGAUCGCGAACUACGGCGACCGAACCAUUGAUGUGCUGGAACUCAACUUGGAGAGGAAGAGCCGGGGCGAGCCCAUGGUGAACGUGAUCCAGCGGGGGAAGGGAUACUGAUGUGACCGACGGGAGGGCCACGGCCCACGGUGCCACCCAGCCAGGGAGGUGAUACAAAGUAGGACCGUUACCGUUUGAUCGUGACAGACGCCAGUUCUGGACACGUAGUCGGGGAAAAUGAAGCUCAGAUAGACGGCCAGAACGGAACGGGAAUCAUAGGAUAAUAGAACGGCGGCGAUCCAGCG